UUGAGUGAUUGGGUUUGAGAGAAAAAUGGAGGGUUUUGUGAGUGGCAGUGAAGAGAAACCAAAACAGGGUUUGGAGGGAACAGGCUUGAAUCUACCAAUCAACCGCCACGGAAACCUGAAAAGUGCUUCAAGUGAUGAGAAUCUGAAGGAGGUUCUGCAAAAUAUCAGGUCCUCCAAGAGUCCAGCAGUGAUCAAUUAUGGCGCAUCAUGGUGUCAUAUCUGUAGCCAGAUGCUUCCUACAUUUUGCAGGAUGAGUAAUGAAUUCCCCAAGCUUUCAUUUGUAUAUGCAGACAUUGAUGAGUGCCCAGAAACAACUCAGCACAUACGUUAUACGCCAACUCUCCACUUCUUCCGAGAUGGUGAAAGGGUGGAUGAGAUGCUUGGUGCCGGAGAAGAGAGGCUGCAUGACCGACUAUGGUUACACUCCUAAGAUACACUUCAUGCUUGUACCCU